AUGCUACUGAAGCGACUGGCUUACCCCUGUCGAUACAGUGAUAUGGUGCACAGAUUUGCAAGGCCAGUUCCGGUCUUAAGCAUGAUAACAAAUACUGUUCUCGAUUAUGUCUAUGACAGGCAUGGCCACAGACUAACUCAGUGGAACAAUCAAGUUAUGGACCCCAACCAUUUACAGCAAUAUGCAGACGUAAUUUCAGCUAAAGGCUCUCCCUUAGACAACUGUUUUGGUUUUGUCGAUGGUACGGUUCGACCAAUAAGUCGCCCAGGACAGCACCAGAGGGCUGUAUACAACGGACACAAGAGAGUCCAUGCAUUAAAAUUUCAAUCUGUUGCUCUACCGAAUGGGUUAAUAGGAAACCUAUAUGGCCCAAUAGGUAAUAAUAAUUAUAAUAAUGUAUGGAAUUAUUUAUGCAUGGUAGUCACUUCAGUUUAAAAUUGUUAAUUAAAAAUAACCCUGAAAAAUAAAUAGAAAGAUGAAGAAAAUAAAAAAACUUAAGAUGGCAAAAAAUUCAAAAGCCGGUUCCUGAAAGGUGGAACAACACUAUCCAGGGAUAAAACUGUCUUAUUACAGUCAUAACUUUGUCCUGGGAUAAAGUUAUGACUGGAAUAAGGCAGACUUAUCCCUGGAAUAGAGUUAUUCCACCUUUCAGGAACCGUCCCCUGAAAAAAGGUCAAAAAGGGUAAAAAUCAGGAAUCAAGUACUGAAAAAGUCCCAUCAAGUGGAGGUGAUUGAUCUCUUCAGAGAUAUAAUUUUGCAGAUUAGAAUACUGAAUGAAUUCUUUUGCAAAGAACUUAAAUUUCCAUCAGGUUCUCUACUGAGUAUGCACCACAAGGUCACAACCAUUGUCCACGCAUCUAAUUGUUUUCUAAACCUUUCAUUUUCAGAAGGUAGAAGACAUGAUGCAGCUAUGUUAGCUGAAUCAGGCUUGCUGCAAGAUCUCCAGCACCAUGCAGUUUCCCCCCAUGGCCACCUAAUGUGCUUAUAUGGUGAUCCAGCUUACCCGCACAGAGUGCAACUCCAACAACCAUUCAGAAAUGCUGUUUUAACACCCCAGAUGCAAGAGUACAAUGCCAGAAUGAGUUCUGUGAGGGAAUCCGUUGAAUGGCUAUUUGGGGACAUAGUGAACUACUUUAAAUUCAUAGACUUGAAAAAAAAUCUUAAAAUAGGCUUGAGUAGUAUUGGCAAGAUGUAUAUUGUCUGUGCAAUUCUGAGAAAUGCACUUACAUGCCUGUAUGGAAAUGAAACUUCCAAGUUUUUUGAAUUAGACCCACCCUCACUUCAUGAUUAUUUUGCCUGA